GCGGUGGUGGUAGAGGUUGCUAGCUAGCUAAGGUUAGUGAUUUCUGAACUUCAUUUUCGUUUGAUCGGUGGAAAUUAGGACUAAACCUACCUUUAAUUACACAAAUCAGGAGUAUAAUUAGCAUCAUAGAGCUUCUCUCUUCUCCACCACUCGCUGAAAUAUAGUUAGGGAUGAUGGCAGCAGCUUAUGCAGCUCUGAUUUCCGUUAACCAUAUCCUAGAUCAGCUCCGCCUCCAUCCCCGCCCUCCAAUUUCUAUCCACACUCAACACGCUCAAUCGCUCACUAGAAUCAUUUCCUCGCUGCUUAAUUUCCUCGAAGGCUACACUCCCCGCGUCGACCACAGCGACGAAGCUGACGAAUUGGAGUGUCGAAUUGCCGAUGCAGCUCAUGCCGCUGAAGAUGUAAUUGAGGGGUAUAUAGUCGAUCGGAUUCUCGCUAGAUCGGAAUCGUCGAGUGAUGGUGAGGAAAUCAGUUGUAUUGAGUUCGGUCGAAAUCUGGAGAGAGUCAUAGGGGAGAUGGAUUUGAUUGAGAAGGAAGCGAUGUUGGUUAAGGAGAAAGGGGGAAAUCAAGGCCAGCUGCGAAGACUCUCAUCAGUGCCGGCUGGCUCGGGGCGUGACGUUGCGAUGAUAGGAGUUGAUGAGAUAUUGGUGAAAUUGAUGGAUACGCUUAUCAGUGAUAAGUCCGGUCGACAGACCAUCUCGAUAACAGGUAUGGGUGGGAUCGGCAAGACCACUCUUGCUAGAAGUAUUUAUGAAAAUCAAAUUGUUGAGCAUCAUUUUGAUAUUCUGGCUUGGGUUACAGUAUCUCAAGAAUACACAAUGGAAGAUUUACUUUUACAACUUUUUCUUUGUCUUAGAAAGAGCCAAGGGAUGAGUAGGGAAAGCUUGAGUGAGAUGAGUGAGGAUGAAUUAGGAGAAAUUUUAUAUAAAAGUUUAUGUGGUAUGAGGUAUUUGAUUGUGAUAGAUGAUCUUUGGGAUGUUGAGGUGUGGGAUGGAUUACAACAUUUCUUUCCAAAUGAUAGGAACCAAAGUAGAAUCAUGAUCACCACUAGACUAGCAAACUUGGCUUUACAGUUAAGCGGUUCUCACAGUUACGAGAUGAAUUUUCUUGAUGAGAAGGAUAGCUGGAGUUUGCUCUGCAAAUAUGUGUUUGGGAAAGAGAAGAGUUGCCCUCUUGAGUUGGAGGAUACCGGGAGGAAAAUUGCAAGAAAUUGCAAAGGACUUCCUCUAUUUAUUAUUACGAUUGGAGGGCUCUUGGCAGCGUCUGAGAGAACUCUGGGAUAUUGGAAACAUAUAGCAAGAGACCUUAUUUCAACUGUGAAUUUGGAAGCAGAUGAGCGCUGCUUAAAGAUACUAUACACGAGUUAUAAUCAAUUACCAGUUCAUUUAAAGCCGUGUUUUCUUUAUAUGGGAGUUUUCCCGGAGGACAGGGUGGUCAUUGCAUCUGAGCUCAUCAAACUAUGGGUUGCAGAAGGAUUUCUUCGAUCAAUUGAUGGGAAAAGCUUGGAUGAAGUUGCGAAAGAGUAUUUGAAAGAACUCGUUGACAGGAAUCUUAUUUUAGUUCACAAGUGGGGCUCUGGUGGAAAGAUAAAAUCAUGCAAAAUUCACGAUCUCCUGAGGGAUCUUUGUUUGAGAGAAGCUGAUAAACAAAAGUUUGCUGGUUUUGUAAGGCCAGGGAAUCCCGAUGCCAGAAUUCCCCAGUGCCGCAUUCUUGUCCAUCGUCGACACAGAUCAAAAGAGUUAUAUCACUCCGAUGGCUCCCAUAUGUCACCUUAUAAGCUCUCUUAUGCAGUGGAUCUUCGUAGUGAUCAUUAUUACGAUACUUAUCUUUAUCGAUUCCUAGCUGCUUCCAAGUAUGUCUCACCUGCUCGUUCUUUGAUAUGGGAUUCUUUUGGUGAUCAUUCUUAUGAUACUUCUUCAAAACGGAAUCUUGAGGGCUAUUUUGAAGGACUUUCAGAGUCACCCAAUGGUAGACUGUUGAGGGUGUUUAAAAUAUUUGAUCUUAGACAUAGAUAUUCGUCUUCUUCGGAUGACAGAAAAUCCGCAUAUUUCCAAGAUAGUGCAUCUAAGCUGGUGAACUUGAGGUACAUUUCGUAUCCACAGACAGGGUACUCUUUUUCCCCUUCAGUGUGUCGCCUUUGGAAUUUGUAUACUUUAACUGCCAGGCAUACCACGGCGGUUGCUCCACCUGAAAUAUGGAAAAUGCCUCUACUUAGGCAUGUGGAAUUCUACAGCAUCUCUCUCCCUGAUCCUCCCAUUGAUGGUUUUGUUUUGGGGAGCCUACAGACUCUCUGUACAGUCACUAUUUGGGACUGCCGCAAAAAGGUGUUAAAAAGCAUCCCCAAUAUAAAGAAACUCAAGAUUCAUCAGGGGAAACUGGAGAGUUGGUCUGUAAUUUAUCUCAAAAAUCUUGCCUGUUUGCAUAAACUCGAAUCUCUUGAAAUCACUAUAUUUGGUGGCUUUUUUCAAAACUCAAUUCCGUUGGAGUUUUGGAGCAACCUCGCCCUCCCACAUUCCCUCAAGAAGUUGACUUUGUAUGGCACUCGAAUACGCUGGGAAGAGAUGCCUGCAACGAUAGGCUGGCUACCCCAUCUCCAAGUUCUCAAACUGAAACGAGAUUCUUUCGUUGGAUCUGAGUGGGAAACAGUCGAAAGGCAGUUCUGCAAACUCAAAUACUUGCAGAUUGCCGGUUGUGACUUGGUGUACUGGACAACGGAAAGCGCCCACUUUCCAUGCCUUGAGCACCUUCAACUUGAACAUUUGAUAUUGAAGGAGAUCCCUUUAGCUAUUGGUGAAAUACCAACGCUUCAGUCAAUCAAGUUGGUUGAUUGCAGCACUUCUGCUGUCGCCUCUGCUACAAAAAUACGAGAAGAUCAACAAGAGAACUAUGGGAAUGAUGACCUUCAAGUUCAGAUAGAAAGAUCAAUUGGGCGAACUAGCAAGGAUGACCUUCAAGUUCUGCCGCAAUGGAAUCAGGUUUCAGAUGUUCGGAAGAUUGAAUGGAGCAAGGAUAUAGAAUGGGUUCGUGUAUAUUAAUGUUUUCCUGCCUCAACAGUUCUGGUGUUUAUAUGCAAAAAUACAUUUGAUGAUAGAUUAAUGAGUAGGUUUUACAUGAAUACCUCGUCAUACUGCUUACAAUUGAUUCAUGGUUUCUAACAUCGUUGUGUUGGUAUUGGCA